AUGCCAGGGUUAUAUUUUAUGGGUAUCGAUUUGGGAACAACAUCGGUGAAAAUAAGUAUUGCGCUAAAUGGGAAACAAGUUGCUUCAGUCUCUCAACCAACAAAAGCAGAUACAAAGAGCAGUGUAGGGAGUGCUGGGUUUGAGCAAGAUGUAGCUAUAAUAUUAUCCACAGUGCAAUCAUGUAUGAAAGAGUUAUCUCCAGAAACCCUUUCUUCUGUGAAGAAAAUUUGCAUCACAGGACAGAUGCAUGGAGUUGUGCUUUGGUGCUCAAAACAUUUAAACAAAUUUUACAUCCAAGAAAACAAUGCAUUUAAUGUUCAGCACACCAGCCGUCUUUAUACAUGGCAAGACCAGCGAUGCUCAGCAGAAUUUCUAACUUCCCUUCCAAAACCAUGUUCCCAUCUGCCUUUAUCAACUGGACAUGGUAAUGCUACCUUGUUCUGGUUGUCCCGGUACCAACCAGACUUCUUAACCAGUUUUGAUAGGGCUGGAACAAUUAUGGAUUUCUUAAUUUGUGUGUUGUGUGGAUUGGAAUUCCCCAUCACGUCCAAUCAACUUGCUGCUAGCUGGGGAUAUUUUGAUUCAAGCACAGGGUGUUGGAAUAAGGAGAUAUUGGGACAGAAAUCAUUUCCAUUCCAUCUGCUUCCACAAGUGUUGAAUCCUGGUGAAAAAGCUGGUACUCUGCAGUUUGACUGGUUCAGCAUAAAGAAAGGCACACCAGUUUUAGUUGCUCUGGGAGACACACAGUGUGCUGUGUACUCAGUUCUAAGUAAUCCAGAUGAGGCAGUGUUGAAUUUGGGAACUUCUUGCCAAAUGGCUUUCCCAGAAUUCCUUGAGACAGUCCCAACAUUCCCAGAAUCCUCUUCUCCUGUGCAGUUUUUCCCUUACUUUAAUAACCAGUAUUUGGCUGUGGCCGCUAGUCUAAAUGGUGGAAAUGUUCUCUCUCAGUUUGUCAGCAUGUUACAAAACUGGAUCGCAGCUUUUGGCUGUGUCAAGAGUAAAGAGGAUAUAUGGAAAACCCUCUUAGAGUCAUCUCCUAAAACAAACAAGAAUGAGAAUCCUAUAAAGAUCCAUCCCACCAUAUUUGGAGAAAGGCAUGCCCCUUCACAGUACGGAAAAGUAUCUGGAAUCACAGCUAGCAAUAUGGACCUUCACAGUGUGUUUAAUGCACUCUGUAAAGGAAUAAUAGAAAACAUCACCAGAAUGGUGUCUCCUUCCUAUCUAAAACAAAAGGGAGUCAAAAAAUUGUUAGGGACAGGAUCUGUGAUACAUAAAAAUCCCAUCAUUCAAAGAGAGGUCAUGACCCAAUAUGGUGACAUUGAUGUGGAAUUGGGUAGAGAGUGUGACUCUGCCUUUGGUGCUGCCCUCUUCUGCGAGGCCACGGACAGUUCAUGAUUUGAUUUACAAGACUGUAUGUACAUGUACAUUCAUAUCAAAUAAAGAGCUUUAUUAGA